UAAAGCUAGAAAAUAAUUCCAAGUAAUUAUUAAUAUUUAUAAGCCCUUCUGCUUUAUACUUGUUAACGUCUUCAGAUGAAUUCUUAUGGUUGAAUUCUUGUAGCAGGUCUCGUAAAAUUAUAUGUGGUCCAUGGAAGCAAUUUUAGCUAUCGUGGUUACUCCCCUUGUUGAAAUUGCAAAAUAUGCAUACGUUCCCCUUGGAAACAGGUUGCGGCACAUUCUUUACUACAAGAAGAAUUUUAAAAAACUUAAGGAUCAAGUGGCAUCUCUUAAAGCAACAAAAGAUUUAGUGCGACAAGCUUUGGAGAAAGCUCAACAAAGAGGGGAGAGCAUAAACUAUAGAAUUCAAGCGUGGCUAGAGAAGGUUGAUGAGAUUAAAAUAGAUUUGCAAAGAUUGGAAGAGAACAUGAGCAGUUCCCAAGGGCUCUGCGUUAGUUUAAACUCAAGAUCCAUGCUAAGCAGAGAAGCAGCAGAGAAAAUGAAUGUUGUUCGUCAGCUCCAUUCUGAUGGGAAGUUUGAAUCUAUCUCCGUCAACAUACCUCAUUUAGCGCCUCCUCCCGGUAUAGAGACAACGCCAACUGGUGAUUUCCAAGCUUUUGAAUCAACAAAAUCAGCUAUGGAGCAGAUAAUAGUGGCAUUGGAAGAUGACCAAACACAUGUUAUUGGGGUGUACGGCAUGGGUGGUAUUGGCAAAACAACACUAGUGAAACAAGUUGGGAAGAAAGUGAAAACUAUUGGAAAUUUUGAUGAAGUUGCCAUGGUUACUGUCUCUCAAAAUUUGGACUUCAAAAGGAUCCAAGAAGAAAUAACUGAGGAGUUUGGUUUUCAACUUCAGGAGGCAAGCAUAUCCGUGAGAGCACGUCGACUAGCAUAUUGGUUGAAGCAGAAGAAAAGAGUUCUUAUAAUCCUGGAUGAUGUAUGGGAAAGAGUGGAGCUGCUACAUGUUGGAAUUCCAUAUGGCGCUGACCAUAAUGGUUGCAAAAUAGUUGUUACAACAAGAAGCCUAGAUGUAUGCAAUGAGAUGGAAAGUCAGAGAAACAUUGAGGUCAAAGUCCUUUCUCAGGAAGAUUCAUGGAAAUUGUUGAAAAGAGUUGUCGGCAAUCACAUUGACUAUGCUCAGCUGCGUACUGAUGCAAAAGAAGUUGCUACGCAGUGCUGUGGUUUGCCCAUUGCACUUGUUACACUUGGAAGAACCUUAAGAAACAAGCCGCCAAGUUCGUGGCGUCGCGCGGUUCUUGAACUCCGCAUGUCAAAGCCAAUGGACAUAAGAGGAAUGAGCGAGAAGGUAUUUUGGUGUAUAAAAUUGAGCUUUGAUUAUCUGCAAAGUGAAGAAGCCAAGUCUUGUUUCCUGUACUGUUCUGUAUUUCCUGAAGAUCAAGAUAUUGAUUUUGAAAAUUUGGUGAGAUACGGAGUAGGGGAAGGGAGUUUUAAUGACGUUGAGACUCUAGACGAAGCUAGAGACAAAAUGCAUGCGAUCAUCGAUAAUCUUAAAGGCUGCAGUUUGUUAAUGGACAGUGACAGAGAAGGUUGUGUAAAAAUGCAUGACGUUGUUCGAGAUGUUGCUAUAGCCAUCGCAUCGGGUAAAGAACAUGGUUUUAUGGUCAAAGCUUAUACAGGAUUGAAAAGCUGGCCAAAAGGGGGCAACCUAGAAAAUGUAAGAAGGAUGUCACUGAUGAAUAAUGAGAUCAAACAACUUCCAGACAGAAUAGACUGUCCAAAGUUAAUAGUCUUACUACUGCAGAACAAUAGAUUGUUGAAGAACAUCCGCAUUGGCUUCUUUUCAGGAAUGAAGUUACUUCAAGUUCUAGAUUUAAGCAGAAUUCCUCAUUUGCAAUCACUAUCGAUUAUCUCGUGCCUCUCAAAUCUCAAAACUCUUUGCAUAGAGUGCAGUAAGAUAGAUGAUGUAUCUGGACUUGGUGAACUGAAUAAACUUGAAAUCCUCAGCCUACGGAGAUCCUUACUACGGAAAAUUCCUGAAGAAGUAAGUAGAUUAACCAAGCUGCGAUUGUUGGAUCUGACAAAUGCCAGAGUGAAAAAGAUUUCUGUAAACGUUAUUUCAAGACUGACUCAAUUGGAAGAGCUGCGCAUGAUAGGAAGCUUCAGUAAGUGGGAGGCUGGAGAGUUGGAAACUGGAAAUCAGGCAGCUAAUGUGGCCGAGUUGGCAUCUCUUGACAACUUGAGAAGCCUGUAUAUGAACGUAGAUAACGGCAGAUGCUUGGUUAAAGAAAUCGCCAAUUGCUGCCAAAACGUGCAAAACUUUUACAUACAAGUGGGGGAAGAUGCUUACUACUUUGAAACUACAGCAAGAACAACAAUGCGAUUGAGCGGAAAAGACCAAAUUCAAGACCUAAAACACACAGCACAGUGGGUGAAGGAAUUACUGAGAAGAACAGAGGAAUUAUCGUUGAUACACUGGUACUUUCUUGAAAGUAUUAGCCAGUUGGUUUUAGAUGGGUUAACCAGAUGCUUGAAAUCUCUUCACAUCAAAAGUUGUAACAUGGAAAACAUCUGCUCUUAUAGAUACUUAGAAGGUCUUGACAAUCUGGAACUCCUCUACGUUAGUUCGUGUCACUACUUAAAACAAGUCAUUGUCUCUCUAGACUCAGAUUUUAAAAGUAUUGUUCUCCCUCGACUCCGCAACUUGGUUCUGAGAGAUUUGCCUACUAUGAAAAGCAUAUUUAAGCGGCAUGUUGCCUCGAAAUGUUUCCACAGCCUGCAUUCUCUAACGGUGCAAGGAUGUCCAGGUUUGAAAUUUCUCUUCCUGCUUGACCUUGCUGAGAAUCUUGAGCACUUAGUCUAUCUAGAAAUCUCAGACUGCAUGAGAAUUGAAAGAAUAAUCUCAUACAGUGACGAUAAAUAUAAACUAGCUCCUGCAAAGAAGAUUAGCUUUCCGAAUUUACGCUUCAUCAAGCUGUCAAAUUUGCCGAGAAUUUUGAGUUAUUGCGAUCCCUCAAUUUAACUUGUUCUGCCAUGUUUACAAGAUCUCUGUGUGAAUUCAUGUCGGAGAUUUCAAACCAGCUCAGCAUAUAUGCCAUUGAGUUUCAAUUAUGUUACCAAGCAGACAACUCCAGUUGUCUUUUCAACUUAUAGCAUACAGCAAGCAGAAUCUUCCAGCGGACCGAUUCCAGCUGCAUGGGAGCAUUCAGAAUUUUAUCAUAAUAUUUAAUAAGGUCAAGACCAAAAAGUAAGCAAAAUCUAUAUCCUAAGUGGAGGUAAAUUAUGUUAUAUAUUUAUUAGAUCAGUGUUCAAGUUUGCUUUAUUACACAUUCUGAAAACGUGAGAGUCUAAAGACCAGUUGCUUGGGCUGUAAUAGAUGCAGUAUCCGAAUGUAUGGAUGCUCUGAAAACUGUUGGAGUUCGAGUUUCACGCCUGAGGGUAUGUUGGUGUAUCGAUGUUUGAACGUGUACUACUUGGAAGUGUAUCCUAUUGAUGAUGAGAAUUUCUUAGUGUCGUGUCAGAUGUCUGGUAGUAUAGUAGUUGUGUUGGUAUCUUGUUGAUGAUGUAAUAUGAAAAAGGAGAUGAAAUCUUAAUGUAAAUGUUGGAUAUUCUACUGUUAGAAGUAUAUAUGUUGUAUAUAAACCGAAACGAUCAAAUAGAAAAUGUCAAGAAUAUAUUGU